AUGGGGGCCACCGGAAUCUCGGGGGACUUCUCGUCCUCCGGGGAGGAUGUUGGUGGUAUUAGGAACAAGGCAGGCCGUAACGUCGGCAGCGGCGGCAUGUCCAUCGGCGCCGGCGCUAAGGAGGUAGGGGGUGAAAAGGACUUCGCCGGUGUCAGAACAAUUCCGAAUGGGAAGGGCGACAACCCCAACAGUGACGCCGAUUCUGCGCAACAAGGCGAACUACAGCGCCAGCUAUCGGGUCGGCAUCUCAACUUCAUCGCCAUCGGUGGCACGAUCGGAACGGGAUUCUUUCUCGGGACGGGAACGGCGCUGGUCAAGGCCGGGCCGGCCGGGUGUCUGAUUUCGUAUAUCUUUGUCGGGACGAUUCUGUGGUCGGUCAUGGUGUGUCUGGGUGAACUAGCGACGUACAUCCCGACAGCAGGGGCGUUUUCGGCGUAUGCGACGCGGUUUGUGGAUUCGAGCUUGGGGUUUGCGGUCGGGUGGCUCUACUGGUUCGGCUGGGCCGUCACUUACGCCUUAUCACUCGUCGCAGCCGGUCUAAUUAUCCAGUACUGGAAAGCGGAUAUCAACAUCGGCAUUCUGAUCGCUGUUUUCUGGGUCGUUUUCACGGUCGUCAACUACCUACCCGUCGGCAUAUACGGCGAGCUCGAGAUGUGGCUGUCCAGUCUCAAGGUCAUUACCAUCGUCGGCUUCAUCAUCUUUGCCAUCUGCAUCGCGGCCGGCGCCGGCCAGGAAGGCGUCAUCGGGUUCAAGUACUGGAAUCACCCCGGCGCCUUCAACGAGUACCUCGUCCCUGGAGAUGUGGGUCAGUUCGUUGGCUUCUGGGCCGUGCUGAUCCAGGCGUCGGUAUCCUACCAGGGCGCGGAGUUGGUCGGUGUUGGCGCCGGCGAGGCCCGCGACCCUCGCAAGACGGUCCCGCAAGCCAUCCGCGUCACGUACUGGGGCAUCAUGUCCUUGUUUGUCACCACCAUGCUGCUCAUCACCAUGGUCGUGCCCUCAUCCGACAAGAACCUGCUCAACGACUCCGGCAAUGCGUCGGCUUCCCCGCUCGUUAUCGCCGCCCAUCGCGCCGGCGUCAAAGUACUCCCGGACAUCAUCAACGCCGUGCUGCUCACCGCCGUGCUCUCCGCGGCCAACUCCAACGUCUACUCCGGCUCGCGCGUCCUGCUGGCCCUGGCCGAGGAAGGACAGGCCCCGGCCAUCUUCAAAAAGACCAACCGCCACGGCAUCCCCGUGUACGCAGUCGCCGGCACCGCGGUCUUUGGGCUCUUGGGCUUCCUCAACCUCUCCUCAGACGGCGGGAAGGUCUUUAACUGGCUGCUCAAUAUUACUGGUGUCGCAGGCUUGACCACUUGGGCCAGCACCUGCCUCUCCCACCUGGCUUUCAUGCGCGCCCUGAAAGCCCAGGGCAUUUCGCGCUCGGAGUUGCCAUACAUCUCGCGAUUCCAGCCGUACACAGCCGUGUAUGGACUGUUCUUUAACGUGCUGAUCAUGCUGACGCAAGGGUUUACCGCGUUUAUCAACUGGAACGUCAGUGACUUUUUUGCGGCGUAUAUUAGCUUGAUCUUGUUUGUCGUGUUGUGGGCGGGUCACAAGUUGUGGUAUCGCCAGCCGAUGGUUGAUCCGAGGACGGCGGAUCUGGCAAGGGGGCGGUAUGACUUGAACGAGGAGCGGUCGGCUGCUGAUGGGGGUGUUUGA